UGCCUCUCAGAUUUGCAUGUACUGGUUGGUUAUUUUGGGAAAUUCUCAAACAAGUUCAAACUUGUUCUGUAUAUGUGUCAUAGUCUUUCUCAAAUUUAUGAUGCAGUUGAUAAUUAACAAGAUAAUAGUAUGUUAUCUUAAUUGCUCUUUUAUCAUCCAUUAUUCUACUAAUUUAUUUCUCUUUCAUAUAAGAUAGACUGAAUAAUUUUUGUCUUGAUCAAUAGUUUUGUUUCAAAUCAAUUUCAUUGAAUUCAUUUAUGGAAGUUACAUAUAUCGAUAUAAUAAUUGAACAUCUUUAGUUACAGACUCACUACUUUUUCCUCAUUAAUGUCUCAUUUAAAACAUUUUCUAUUAAAUUACUUUGUCUUCUAUACUUUAUUUGAAAAUUGAGACUUUCAAUGUUUUUUCCAAGUACUAGUAUCUAGGAUUAUAUUUUUAUUAUCUGAAGAAAGGUUGAUGAAACUCCAAUUUUCCAGUAAUUUUUCUUCAUUACUCGAAUUAUUAAUUUAUGAUUAUCCUCACUUCAUUCAUCAACAACUUGUGUCUUAGUUGAGAUUUAAAGAGCCAAUGUCCAAUUUCUCCUUCAAAUUGCAAUUUCCUCUUUAAACAGCAUCAAAAACUCAAAUAUGAAUCUAAAAUUUUCUUGAAGUACCAACCAGUGCAAUAUAUGGAAGAGUGUGGAUGCCCUUGAAUAGGCAGAAUCAUUCUCGAUUAGGUAUAUUGUUAAAAGGCAUGCAAAUCUGGUGUGCCUAAAAACAUUUGUUGAAUAUAAACUAGUGUUGUGUUGUGUGUAACCAGAUUGGGAACAUUAUUUAAAUGUUGAUAAAAACGUUGCAUAUUAUUUUCAAUUAAGUUUGAAAGGCUCAACAAAGGAUCAUUUAAUAAUUGAAAUAUGACGUGAAAAAGAUCUGCUGGCAUUUUGUCAUUCAUGGGUGCGGCUGAAAUCGGAUAGAAAAACAUUGUUUCCGCCAAGACCGAGACCAAAGAAGCCGAAGAAAAGUAAGACCACUGAACCGCCUGUUGAGUUAGAUGCCCUACGUUCUUGCCUGAAAGGUUUGUCCCAAGACUCCGGGAUAGGAAGCAGCCAGGAAUGUCCUCCGCUAGGAUUGGACAAGAUUGUAAUACCGCAUCAUCUCACAGGAAAUGCACCUGAUUCAUCCUCAACCACCAUCUCAAAGGAAGAAGUUAUUCCCAUUAGUCAACAAAUUCCUGAUGAUAACGAUAAACCAUCAACAAGUUCAUCCUAUAAUCUGGUAUGUUAUUGAGAUUCACCUCAGUUGGCAACUUUUUAAAAUGUUGAAACUAGUUGGUAGAUUAAAUUUGUUGGAACUUGGAAAAUGUGGAACAACUUGUUGGAGAAGAUUUUUGAGUAAAUCGGAAAUGACUACUCCCAUACCAAAUCUCGAUUUAGGAAUGGAAAGGAUUGUAUGGAUUGAUAUGGAAAUGACUGGUUUAGAUAUCGAAAAAGACAAGAUUAUGGAGGUAGCCUGCUUAGUCACUGAUUCCCAGCUGAAUAUAAUAGCUGAAGGUCCAGAUCUAGUUAUUAAUCAACCAAAAAAUAUAUUGGAUAAUAUGAAUGAAUGGUGUAAAAUUCAACAUGGCAAGACAGGACUCACAGAAGCUUGUUUGGCGUCUUCCAUUUCAAUAGCAGAGGCUGAAAAAAAGUUACUUGAUUUUGUGAAAGAGUAUACUACCCCUAAAUCAUGUCCAUUAGGAGGCAAUAGUGUGUAUAUGGAUCGGUUAUUUCUACGAAAAUUUAUGAAAAAUGUUGACGAACACCUACAUUAUAGAAUUAUUGAUGUUUCAACAGUAAAAGAACUUUGUCGUAGGUGGAAUCUUGAAAUAUAUAAAUCUCAACCAAAAAAAGGCUUUAGUCACAGGGCAUCUGAUGAUAUCAAGGAAAGCAUAGAAGAAUUGAAGUUUUAUAAGGAACAUUUCUUCAAAAUUUUGCAGAAUUAGUAUCAACAUCAGAUUCAUAAGCCUCUGAGCAAGAAAAUCAGAUUUAUAGAAAACUUGAUGUGUAUAUCAUUUGUUGAUGAGUAUAUUUGGUUCUUUUCAUAAUUAACAACAGAUUUUGCAUGUAUCUAUAUCAAAAACUGUUUGUUACAAUUUUCAUAUGAAGGAAUGGUAACUUAUUCCAUAAUCCAUCAACUUGGACUGUAUAUUUGAAAUUUUCAUGUUUUGGUUAAUGUUUGGAUGAAAGGCUGCAAUAGUGGAUAUAUAAGUUGGCACUGGCCAGUAUAAACUAGCCUCAAAAUCUGAAAUUUUCAAGUUUUUUAGACUCCAGUGAAUUCCUGCUAUUUAAGGGAUUGGUCUAAAAGUUACCUUCCAGCAUAAACAAGCUCUUAACACUCAGGGAUUUUAAUAGAUAUUAUUUGUCAAAUGAACACUUCAAACACUAUUAAAGAAUUGAAAUUUU